AAAGGAUUUCCCAGGCAUGCAGGCUAGCACACCUCUCACCAAGCGUCUCAAAGAGCAGGGGUGCCUUAUUUCCAUCAAAAAGGGCAACGAAAAGUCUGGAGGGAAGAACGCUCGUCGACAAGUAGACAGCGACGAUGACGAAGACGAGGAAGACAACGGUGGUGGUGGCGGCGGCGGCGGCGGCGGCGGAGCAGGAACGUCCACGACUAGGCGCAAAAAGACGAGAAAGCAGCGGUGAACGACGAAUGAAAAAAUCAAAAACCCCCACCGACCUGGUACGGGAUGGCAGCAUAAUGUAACACGGCGUUCGUUGGAGACUGGUAAAUCGGCGAAUAGACGGCGGCGAUGGUGUUUCAACUGGGAGUUCUCGUCGGGUUUGGGGCCGUUCUUGACGAUAGAGGCGUACAAGAACGAGUGUGCAAUACUUGUUACACGCCGAAACCGUCUUUCCGAGGCCAGGCGGUAAUUUAUCAUCACGGCCUAGCAAAGCGAGGAAUACCCGCUACGAAGGUCGUUUUCUUUUUAUAUGUGUCUAUCCCAUUUGUUGCAUAUUUGUUGCUUUACUUUCUUCUCGAUUCACUCAUCAUUUCUUCGUAUCUAUAUAUACCCUUUGUGGAAAUUUUAUGGGUUAUGAUCAUGGAGAGACGCGAGUUUGAUAUUGGGUUCGACUCUCGAGGCCCCGGUUGCAUCAUUGGCGGGAAGGCAGUCUUUUGCUCUUUUCCCACACGGGGACAAAGUGUGGCCUCGCUAGGUACCAGAUGGAUACAAAAUUCAAAGUCGGGGCGCCGCCUUGUCGAACUCAUUUCACAUUGUUCAGUCACCUGUGAUGCUAUGCUCAGCCGACACACGUCGGAGCGGACCUCCAUUCCGACAUGAUCUGAUUGCACGCCGCGAGCAAGGGAGAUACUCCCGUUUGGGCUGUUGGUCUCAACGCAUGGCCCCAUUGUCACGACCUUGGCGUCGAUGGCGCCAACGAUCCCCAUCCGACAGCCGGGCCAUCGUCGCAGGCGUUGCAUUCCUCGGCUGGG